ACAUACAUUGACAGAGCAAGCAAACCCUUGUGCCAUAAAGGUCCAGGAUCUCUGGCUCAAGUACACAUUCAGCACCAGUCAAACGUUUUGGACACACCUACUUACUCAUCAAAUGGUUUUUAUUUUUACUACAUUUCUACAUUGUAGAGUGAUAGUGAAGACAACUAUGAAAUAAGUGGGAAAUCGUGUUGGUUUUGAAUGUAUUUCCAUUCCUGCGAGCAGGAGACGCACAUUCAUAUUCACUUUUCUUAGGACCCCCAAAAUCUCACUUCUACAUCUUAUUACGAUUUCCUCGCGGGAAUAACAACGAAGCAACAGCUGGCGACUGAACUGUUGCUUUUUCGGAAUUGUUGUACACUGUGAUCGAGACGGAUGACCUGUUUAAUUACGAUAACAAUGAGUGUUUGUCCAGGUUUUAGACAUUUUGAUGCUCAUCAACCUCUGAAUGACAAGUUCGUAAAUGAAGUCUGUCACACUUAAUUUGGUCUCUCGCGAGCUCGACGAAUUUUACUCCUGUUUGUUAGUGCUAGAUAACUAACGCGCGCUAGCUAGCUAAGCUAUUUAUUUGCUGGCUAAAGGAAUAAGCUAAUGUUGGAGGUCUUAUAAGGUUUAUCAUGUCAAAAGGAGAUGGAGAAGACUGCUUUCAAGGCCUAUGAGCGGUGUGUGAUGUCACUGACCAGCAGAUGGGUCAGAGGGUGAUGACCCCGCUAGUGGAGGAGCCAGAGCCUGACCUCCUCACCCCUGCCUUCCCUCUCGCCAACUCUCCUGUGCCCCCAGAGCCACAGACUGAGGAGAGUGAGGCGGAGAAGAUGCCUCCUCGAUUCCAGCUGUCCUCCCUUAUCCCCCAGGAGAGGAUAGGCUACACCGCCCUCAUAGACGAGCUGGGUGGUGUGGUGCUGGACAAGCAGUGCUUUGACCCCAGCUGCUCCCACAUCAUUGUGGGGACCCCUCUGAACAAUUUGAAGUACAUGGCUGUGGGGAAGUGGAUCCUGCACCGCUCCUACCUGGAGGCCUGUCGCUCCGUGGGACACUUCAUCCAGGAGGAUGAGUAUGAUUGGGGCAGAAGCUCCAUCCUGGAUGUGCUACCGUCCAUCAGCUCCCAGCAGAAGAGGCUGGCGUUGGCCGCCAUGCGCUGGAGGAGGAACCUGCACGACCGCAAUGACCAGGAGGGAUCAUUCAGCGGUUGGACCGUCAUGCUGAACAUCGACUAGACCAGAGAGUCAGGGUUCAGACGACUCCUGCAGUCUGGUGGAGCAAAGGUUCUCCCCAGUCCCUCUCCAUCUCUGUACAGGGGAACCACCCACCUGUUUGCAGAGUUCAGUCGGUUGAAGCCAGGAGACUUCCGGGUGGACGUGCCAGAGGCCAAAUGCCUAAAGCCAGAGUUCAUUGCAGACUACCUCAUCCAGGAGCCUAUUCCACCAAUAGAGAUGUACUAUCUGCCUGAAGCUGCCCAAUGUCUGCCAGCGGGCACAGAUGCCAGCCGCGCCACACCCUCCCGCAAGCCCAAAGCAUCAGGAGAUUCCACAAAGUUGAAGAAGACCCGCCUCAAGUAAAAACAUUGUCAUUUAGAGCUUUGGUGUCAACUAGUAAAUUCCAUCAUUUUUAGAAAUGCCCCUGCAAGCCAUUAAUGAUAUGUCUGUAAAUAAGAUUUUUUUAUUAGUUGUAUGAAAAUACAAUUUAUUU